UUCAGGCUUGGUGCCUUGUUCGUCUGCGCUGAUGUGAAAUGAGGAAUCUCAACUUGCUAAAGAGUUUGCGGAACUCGGAGCUGCAGGGUCCCGGCUCGGUGCAGUGUGUCUGUGUGCGGGCCGACGCCGGCACACUCCUGCUCGCUUCUCAGUGUUCCAUCAUGGAGUUUAACCCUCAAACUGGCCAGGUUGUGAACGAGGCCUUGUUGACUGCGGAUGGUUUCCUUUCGGAGGACGGCAGUGGCUUGGUGGUUGGUUUACAGGAGCUGACUGAGCUUGAGUCGGCGUGUUUGGCCACAGCAGGUGGUAACGUCCUGCUUUACAAUCUGAAUACUUAUCAGUUGGAGUGUGUUGGCAGCGUGGACAGCGGUUUGACCUCAAUGAGCUGGAGUCCUGAUGAGGAACUCGUCGUUCUUACGACUGGUGAGGAAACAAUCAUCAUGAUGACCAAAGACUUUGAGCCAAUCAGCGAGGUCAGAAUCCAGCAGGAUGAUUUCGGUGAAGGAAGGUUCAUCACAGUGGGGUGGGGGAAGAAGGAGACUCAGUUCCACGGCUCAGAGGGGAAACAGGCAGCGCAGAGGAAGAUCCUGGAGGUGCAGCCGGCUGCAUCCUGGGAUGACUGUCGGCCGCGAGUGACCUGGCGAGGUGAUGGCCAACUGUUUGCCGUGAGCGCCAUCUGUCCUCAGAGUGGAGCCAGGAAGGUGCGUGUCUGGAACAGAGAGGCUGUCCUGCAGUCCACCAGUGAGCCAGUCAACGGGCUGGAACAGGUGCUGUGCUGGAAACCCUCGGGCAGCCUGAUCGCAAGUACGCAGCGUCACCUUAACAAGCACAGCGUGGUGUUCAUGGAGAAGAAUGGACUGCUGCAUGGAGAUUUCACCCUGCCCUUCAGCAGAGACCAGAUCAAGGUGAGAGAGUUGCUGUGGAGCAGUGACUCUGCUGUUUUGGCGGUUUGGUUGGAGGACUUGACAGAAGGAGAGGACAGACAAGUUAACUCUUACAUCCAGCUAUGGACGAUGGGGAACUACCACUGGUACCUGAAGCAACAUCUGGACUUUGGCAGAUGCCCACUGAAGGCUCCAGUUUGUGUUUGCUGGGACCCUGAGCACUCUCUGCGGCUCCACGUGGUAACGUGCAGUUGGACCACCAUCACCUAUGAGUGGGGUUGGACAACGGCACGGAGCCACGGGCUGGACACCACUGACAAUGCCAGCGUGGCUGUGAUUGACGGAGAUAAAAUACUGGUGACAGCGUUCCGGCAGUGUGUGGUUCCUCCACCCAUGUGUUCAUUUGAGCUCCAGCUGACCUCGCCAGUCAACCUAGUGACCUUCCUCUGUCAGCCUCAGAAAACAAAUCAACUGGCAGCUUUCACUGCAGACGGACAGAUCUCCAUUUACAGCCAAGAUCCAGGAAAACAGACUGUUAAAACAGCAGAUGGGUUCAGGACAGUGUCACAUUCCUUGGUACUCCAAAAAACAUUCAGAGUUGCAGCUCCCCAGGAGGAACCUCUGGCUGUGCGGCAGCUACUUUGGCUGGACGACGAGCUGUUUGUGGGUCUAAGCGCUGGUCUCCUGCCAACUUCAUCCACCCUACUGAUACUACGCCCUCUUCAGGAUGUCAGCGACACACUUGCUGUCAGGUUUCGGGUGGAAGUGGUCGGUGUUGUGGUCAGUAUGGUUCACUGCUCCCAGACCAGCACUGUGGCGCUACAGCUGGAGGACGGACAGAUCAGGAAACUCCUCUGGGAUUGCACAGAGCCAUCAGUGGUGGAUUGGCUGGACUCAAGUGGCUGCAUUGUUAAUUUCCCAGUUCCCUGCAUUCAGACGGCGCUCUGCGGCAUCAGUGGACAGGAGUAUCUGCUUGGUCUGACAGACAGGUCGCACCUGUACGCCGGAGACACUGAGCUCGCCUCCAACAUUUCAUCCUUCGCUGUUUGCAACAACUUCCUUAUCACCACAACACACUCCCACACCUGCCGCUGCCUCCACCUGAGCACUCUCAGUGUCAAAGGGCUGCAGGCGGCCUUGGCUUCAGAGGGCGGUCAGAAUGAUGAGACGCUGCGGCGAGUUGAAAGAGGAUCCAGAAUCAUCACUGUGGUGCCUCAGGACACCCGAGUUAUUCUACAGAUGCCUCGUGGGAAUCUGGAGACGGUGCAUCACCGAGCGCUGGUGUUGGCUCAGCUCAGGACGUGGUUGGACGGUUUGAAGUUCAGAGAAUCCUUUGAGUGUAUGAGGAAGCUGAGGAUCAACCUGAACCUCAUUUAUGACCACAACCCAAAGGUGUUCUUGGACAACAUUGAAGUCUUCAUCACACAACUCGACUCCAUCAACGACCUCAACCUCUUCCUCACUGAGCUCCGGGAGGAGGACACGACCCGUAGCAUGUACCCCCGCCCUGAAGGCAGCCCGAUCCAGCCCCAUCCUGCCCCGCUGCAGAAGAAGGUGGACAUAGUUUGUGAUGCGUUACGAAGUGCCAUGGAGUCAUUGAAUCCAAACAAGUUCUGUUUGUCCAUUCUAACGGCUCAUGUGAAGAAGACUGUACCGGAGCUUGAGAUUGCUCUUCAGAAAGUCCACGAGCUUCGAGCAAAUCCUCCUAAGUCUCCUGACGCUGUGAGCGCAGAGGAGGCGUUGAAGUAUUUGCUCUUCCUUGUCAACAUCAACGACCUCUACGAGCACUCGCUGGGAACGUACGACUUCGACCUCGUGCUCAUGGUGGCUGAGAAGUCUCAAAAGGACCCUAAAGAGUACCUUCCUUUCUUAAACAUGCUGAAGAACCUGGAGCCGAACUACCAACGUUACACCAUCGACAAACACCUGAAACGCUACAGAAAAGCCCUGACUCACAUCAACAAGUGCGGAGAAGAACAUUUUCCUGAAGCCCUGCAGCUGGUCAAAGAGCAGAGACUUUACAGUGAAGCUCUCCGACUCUAUGCAGCAAACAGCGCUCAGUACAAGGCUCUGAGCUGUGCCUAUGCUGAGCAUCUGGUGGAGCAGCAACAGGUGGAGCAGGCUGGCCUGUUGCUAUGGCGAUGCGGAGAACUGGCUAGCGCUCUGCAAGCGUUCACCAGCAGCUCCAGUUGGAGAAAUGCCAUCUGUGUGGGGCAGCAAAUCCCGCUACCUCCUGACCAGCUGGCACUGCUAGCCAGAGACCUGGCAGAGAAGCUGAAUGAGCAGCGACGGUAUUCAGAAGCUGCUCUGCUGUUGGACCAGUAUGCCAAAGACUGUGAGGAAGCCAUCUUGGCUCUGAUCACAGGUGCGCUCUGGGAAGAAGCACUCCGAUUGAUUUACGUGCACAGCAGACACGACAUCACUGAAACGAACCUGAAGCCUGCUCUGUUGGAAGCCGUCAACACUCAGUCGUGCUUCCUGGAGUCUCAGAUGGCAGCAUUCACGCGGCACCGGAUCCGGCUGGCUGUGGUCCGAGAGCAGAAAGAGAAGGCUAGACUGGACGUGCUGGGUGAUGAUGGUCCAGACUGUCCCGAUGCUGAACUUUAUUCUGAAGCCAGCAGCUUGAUAUCCGGCACCAAAUACUCUCAGAGCAACUCCAGAAUCUCCUCGAGGUCAUCAAAGAACCGGAGGAAGGCUGAGCGUAAGAAGCUCAGCCUGAAGGAGGGCAGCCCCAUGGAAGACAGAGCACUGAUGUAUGCGAUGAGUGACAUCAUCACCACAGUGGACAAGAUGCGAGAGGAAGUGCACAGCCUGCUGAAGGCUCUGGUGCUGUUUCAGUUUGACGGACAGGCCGAGAGGCUGCAGCUGACCUACGAGGCGGCGCUGCAGAUGAUGGAGGCGGCACUUCCUGAAGUGUGGCAGGACGGCCUGCAGCGCAGCCAAGACCCGAUCACGGGUCCAAACUCGACUGCAAACAGCAUCAUGGCUUCAUUCCAGCAGCAGCGACCUGCAGCUUCACAGCAAGAUUCUGAUGUCAUAACACCACCAAAGAUGAGAAACAGCGUUAAGUGGAAGCUUGAUAUUAUUAAGUAAAUUUUCUUUUAUGGGUUUUUUGUUGUUUUAAACUGUAAAUUUGAAGGUAAUAAAGUUCUAGUUUA